UUGCCCCGCCGGGAUCGAGCGCAUCGGUCGCGGUCGUCGGCUUUCUUUUUUGUUUAGAUUUUUUUUUUGCUGCUCACCACGCGCAUGGUGUCCCCUGUUUCGCCUCGCCCACCCAAAAUCGCGCUUUGAUCGAAGAACAGGGCGGAAAAUUGUCGAGGCGAUCUAUAGGUAGAUCGAUCGAUCAUGGCAGUAGCGAGCGGCAGCUUUGCAUUCCAAUCGGGAUACAUCAAGAGCGCGAGAGGGGUGAAGCUCUUCACUUGUAGCUGGCUUCCUGCCAACCAGGAAGUGAAAGCUCUCGUUUUCCUCUGCCAUGGCUAUGGAGUCGAGUGUAGCAUCUUCAUGCGAGGCACGGGGACGAGAUUGGCACAGGCAGGCUACGCGGUCUUUGGGAUCGACUAUGAAGGCCACGGCAAAUCGGAGGGAGCUGUGUGCCUUGUGGAGAGAUUCUCGGACGUGGUGGACGAUUGCAGCUCCUACUUUCGAUCCAUUCGAGAGAUGCCCGAUUACAAGAACAAGGCGAGGUUUCUGUAUGGCGAAUCCAUGGGUGGAGCAGUGGCGCUCUUGAUCCACAGGAAGGAGCCAAUGGAUUGGAACGGAGCCGUUCUUGUCGCUCCGAUGUGCAAGAUCUCCGAGAAACUCAAGCCACACCCAGUGAUCGUGAGCAUCCUCACGCGACUGUCUCCACUGAUCAAGUCGUGGAAGAUCGUUCCCAGCAAAAACAUCAUUGACCACGCCUUCAAGGACCCCAUCAAGAGAGACGAGAUAAGAGCAAAUCCGUACGUAUACCAAGACAAGCCGCGGGUCCAGACGGCGCUACAGAUGAUGGUAGCGAGCACAGACCUGGAACAGAGAUUGGACGAGGUCACAUUUCCAUUCCUCGUCGUUCAUGGGGAAGAAGACACAGUCACGGACCCCGCGUGUAGCGUGGAGCUACACAAGCGCGCGCGGAGCACUGACAAGACGCUCAAUCUCUACCCGGAGAUGUGGCAUGGCCUCACCGUGGGUGAAUCCGACGAGAACAUCGAGCGCGUCUUCGCGGACAUCGUGGCGUGGUUGAAUCUUCGCAGCCCGGCCGGGGCGCUGACCGCCAAGACCUUGCAGCAAUCCGACCUCAAGAUGGUCAUCGACGACCACAAGUUGACCGCGUCCAAUGGUGUUUGUAAUAAUAACCAUUCUUUCAAUUAAGAGAAAACUCCACUUGACUAUA